AUGUUCAAACUUGCGAUUCUAUCGGUCGCCAUUGUGUCCGUCGCAGCCCACCUCCCGGCUCUGAACACCGUUCAGGAUGCCCGUCUCCAGGCCAAUAGCUUGUUGAGAUGCUGGGAGCCAAUGGACGAGAAGAACCCAUCGGCCGGAUACGCCUUGAGUGAGCCGCUCUACACACUGUGCUCAUACAUGCCAGAUCCAAAGGAGUACGAGAAGUUCUACGUGAACGGUGUCGACGAGUCUUCCGACGACUACACCAACAUCUACAAAAUGUUCACUGAUGUCGCUGAGCGUCACGCAGUUCUCAACGUCUGCCUUCAAGAGGGAUUCCAAUUCCACGCCGAAACCCACCCAUCUCAAAUCAGCUUGAGAUGUCUCUGCAAGCGUGACGGAUGCAAUGUGCCAAAGCACCUUCUGACCUUCCUCGACUACAACAAGAAGAUCAUCCCCCAACAUUAA